AUGAGUUUCAGGACCACGGAGAGUUGGCGGUGCGUUAACGGCACUUGUGCGGAGAAAGUUGAACCCUUCCCUCCACCGCUCUCUUCCACCUUCGCACUCAUCCUCCUUGGCGCCGCGAUCGUCGGCAUUGUGGCGCUUUCUCUAACAACGCACCACUGCCAUAAAGGCAAAAUAAAGAGGCGGAAGAUUCAGCGAGCUCAGGAUGAAUAUGAGAGGGAUCAACUCAGCCCUGCCCCGGCUGCAAAAAUAGCGGAUCGCUGCGUGAUCGCGCGUCCUGCCGUCGGACACACCGAACCUCCGCCUGGCCGUCAGGAUUCCGUGUCUUUGUCCGCGCAAGCCGGAGCCGUGGAGGUCGGAGUCCUCGAGGCUGUAGCUGUAUCACGAUAA